CAGCAGACGGGAGCGCGUGAAGGGUUAAAGCCCACUGCGUGGAGUCUGUAGGGCGGAGUGGAGAGGAUGUGAUUGGAGCGCUACCCAUGAUGUCAUGCACAUGAAAAAGCCAAGAACUAGUUAAGAAGGCGGUUUCUAUCUCUGGAAAGAGUGGGUGAACCUCAGAGGCGCAGAGAGCAGACGCACGCAGGUGACUAGUAGAGACUUUUGAGCAGUGGACUGACAAGACACUGCAACUGCACACGGGGCUGUUCAACACGAACCAUGGUGCAGCACACGGGGAACAGCGAAGCGGACGGCAUGUCCAGAGAAGCGACCGACUCCGAUGAAAGUGAGUUCAUGGCAUGCAGCCCGGUGUCGAUAAACCCGGACUGGUGCAAGACAGCAACGGGACACAUCAAGAGACCGAUGAACGCGUUCAUGGUGUGGUCUAAAAUCGAGCGGAGAAAGAUCAUGGAGCAGUCUCCGGACAUGCACAACGCCGAGAUCUCCAAACGCCUGGGCAAGCGCUGGAAAAUGUUGAAGGACUGCGAAAAGAUACCUUUCAUCAGGGAAGCCGAGAGGCUCCGAUUGAAACACAUGGCUGAUUAUCCUGAUUACAAAUACAGACCCAAGAAAAAACCAAAGCUGGACGGUUCCUCAAAGACGUCGGCGCCGUCUCUGGAGAAGUGCAACAAAAUGCCCAGGAACUCCGCUAAGAAGUGUUCAAAACUCAAAGCGAGUAAGACGGGAACCAAAUCAACUCACAGCUACGGAGAUGAGUACGCGUUCAAGAGUAUGAAAGUUUCAAAGACUGUUAUAAAAAGCGAAUUCACGGACGAAGAUGACGACGACGACUACGAGGAGGACUCUCGAGUCCGAGUCAAAGAGGAGGAGGAAGAGGAGCAGAUCCGAGCGUACAGCGUAGCGAAAGUUCCCGCCAGCCCGACUUUGAGUUCGUCGACGGAAUCGGAGGGCGCGAGCAUGUACGAGGACGUCCGAAACGCCUCGUCCAACAACAACAACAGACUCUUUUACAACUUCAAAAGCAUCACCAAGCAGAGCACAAUGUACCCCGCAUCCGUCUCACCAGCAUCCUCGCGGUCGGUGUCCACUUCGUCCAGCUCGAGCGAAGACGCGGACGACUUGCUGUUUGACUUCAGCGUGAACUUCGCCUCGUCCACGCAAAGCUCGGAGCAACAUUCAGGGAAUCUGUCCCUCUCUCUGGUGGAUAAGGAGUUGGAGUCUUUCAGCGAGGGCAGUCUGGGUUCUCACUUUGAAUUUCCAGACUACUGUACGCCCGAGCUCAGCGAAAUGAUAGCAGGGGACUGGCUCGAAGCGAACUUUUCUGACUUGGUUUUUACUUACUAAAUAAGACAUGAAUAAUGAACAGAUGGGACAGAUUGAAUGCUUUAUUCUGUACAUGUUUCUUACCCCUGCCUUCUUCUGGUCUUGUACCUCUAGGGGCUUUGGGAAGGAGGCGGGGAGAGGUUUGAGGAAUUAGAUGCUUAUGAAGCUGGUACUGUAGCAAAAAAUAAUAAAAUAAAAUAAAAAUAAUAAUAAUAAUAAUAAUAAUAAAAUAAAAAUGAAAAAGUCUGCAGAGGUUUUUAUUUUUUUUCUUCUUUUUUUAUUUUUAUUUUUUUUUUUUCCUGGCAGCAUGACAGGGUUUUAUGGAUUUUUUCUGUAGGUCUGCAGUUACUGUUCAACUAAAGCGGACCGCAAAGGGAAAAUCUGAGAACUUCUAUGCAUCUUUUACCCUAUUUCUAACUGCAGGGAGCUGAAAAUGUAAAGACUGUGGACUGAUCUGUGAACUGUUACUGUUCAGGACGUUACUUUCAAACGUUUAGUCAUUUAUAAAUGCCAGAAUUUUUUUUUUUUUUUUUUUUUUUUUUACUGAUUCUGUUUACCUACUGGUUUAAACUUAAGCAGCCUAAGCCUCUCCAGAGUUGCAGGUGUUCGAGGAAGCAUUUUGAUACAUAACAGACCUCAUCUUUUUAAAAGAAAGCAAACUAUUUUCAGGCAUAUUUUUGUACAGUUCAAAAAGGGAAUGUUCUUACUGGGCACUCAGUGAGUUUCAGGCACUUCAUCCCUUCAUCGUUUGUUUUAGCAUGCAAGGGAGUCCUGGGACUAAGGAUUAAGUUGUAAUGAAAACUUGCAUCAAAAAUGCCUUGUGAUUUUAAGUUUGGUUUUGUACAGCUGUAGAUCAAAUUUGUUGAGUAUUUGUAGAACAUGUGGCAUUGGGGAGGGGGGGCGAGAUGCAUACCUCAGUGCUGGUAUUAGUUUCAAGAUUGUAUAUGUACUGUAAAAUAGUAAAGUUAGGAGUUUAUGUAUAUCAUACUCGUGAUAUGUGGGUGGGUCCCAAAUCGCAGGUGUGAGACUGGAUUUUUUUUCUUUCUAAAGGCACAUACUGUUUCCCCUUCAUUUUUCGUGCAAUAUAUUUACUUGUAAAUGCAGACCAUCUACAUUUUUUUUCAUUAUUUUUUCUUUCUUUUUUUUUUUUUUUUUUUUUGCAUUUUUGUAGCAAAUGAUGGACAGACUUGUGCUCUGUCAACAUCAUUAUUUGUCAUGAUGCUGAAGUCAUUGAUGAAUAAAUAAAUCAGCUGGAACUGAUAGUAACUGAAUAUGGUCAAGCAGUGUGAUGUUUUUCUGUGGAGGAAAAACCCCACCACACCAUUUCUCUUUAAAACUGACCCACAGAAUUAGACUAUUGAUGUCCAAAUCUGAAAGUUACUCAUUUUUGAAAAUUUGCCAUAAUGGGCAAAUAAUGAAUGUCGGUGGUCUGGCUAAACGAAAAACCAAGAAAGCAAAAAAGGUACAUUCCAUAUACUCGUUUCAUAAGAUGAAACAUUUUAUUUACAACUUAAGACUGCCACCUUUUCUAUUAAAAAAACAACCAUAAACCUGUAUUUUUAUUUCUUGCACUUAAACAUAUUUUGUUUAUUUUUAUGUGGGUCUUACAUGAAGUCUGUUUUGAUACAAGGUUUGGAAUAUGACAGACUAUUUGACAGGGAAAAUGGUAAAGUACUAAGCAGUCCAGCCUCACGUUCCAAAUGUGAAUCUCUCUUUGACUCAUCUUUUAAUAAACAAAUACUUA